CAGUUAUUUGUGCUCUGCGAUACAGUGUUUUCGUUCGUACGUUACGUGUUGUUAUUUUGUGCAUUGUAUUGAAAUAACGAAGUGAAGUGAACCCGUUUGCUUACUUUGUGAUACGAAUUUAUGCAGUCAAUAUGUUGGUCGGACCACAAAAAUCUAAAGUCAGUGAGAACAAAUAUGCCAAACCAUACUGUCAGUGUUUCAAGAAACGUGAACCAGUGCCAUGGAAGCAGAUGAACCCCUGCUCAUGUGGAGAGGACGUUGAAGUACGCGAAUGGAAAUGGCAACAGCCGGAAGAGAGCCAGAGUUGGGUCGUGUUCGAAGACAACCAGAAGCAAGUCACGUUCCAUCCCUUCUACAGUUCCGGUACAGCUGCGGUGCGAGGGGACACAGCUUUCAGCAGGGACCAUCACUAUUACUGGGAAAUCAAGAUGCUAACAGACACAUAUGGCACUGAUAUUAUGGUAGGCAUCGGCACCGACAAAGUCAACAUCGCCGACAGCCGCUUCAGGUUCACGUCGCUCCUCGGCGAGGACGAGCAUUCCUACGGCCUGUCGUACAAAGGCGCCGUGCGACACGACGCCAAGAAGGCCGACAGUCCGGGCUUCUGUCGCGGCUCCAUAGUUGGCGUGCGCGUCGAUAUGUGGCAGGGCACGCUGGAGUUCUACCUCAACAGGAAACCACAAGGCAUAUCCUUCUACAACCUCCGCCGCCACCAAAACCUGUUCCCCAUGGUGUGUUCCACCGCGGCGCAGUCAACCAUGAGACUGAUAUACGCGGCGUCAUGGCGGGCGUCGUUACUGGUCGACGCGGCAAAGAUAUUGUCAGCUUCAGUCAGUGAGGAAGAACGAGCGAGGAUACCGCCGGGGCUGUGGCGGCUGUUGAGACCGCAUUUCUGGAUGCUGAUGCCUACUGAAGAUUGCCUUCCCGACGCAUCUCAACAAGAGUCUCCCAUGGACUUUGAGGAAGUCAGCGAUAGCGUGCGCCGAUCGUCGGGCGUGAAGCGGCGGCACUGGCAGAUCGCGCCCGCCCGCGCGCGCCGCCCGGAGACGCUCGCCUGAGCGCGGCGCCAGCGACAAGCGGAGCGUGCAGCGUCGAGCUUCCAAGGGAUUUGCACUGAGGCCACACGCAUAUACAUGUUUGCAUUUGUUAUGGAUGACGCGCCGGACGCUCCGCUGUUCACUGCUGAGUUUCCACUCAGAUUGCCUUGAUGGUGCGCGCGGCUACAAGCUCAACGACUACGUUCUCAUUUGCCACUACCCUGACGACCCUGUUUAUAGUCGCAAAGACAGAUCAAGGCUAGUUUUAGCAUAAGGAUGAUAAUGAUAAAUUUCAAAUAUAUAGUAGAUUGUACAACAAGGGCAUAAAGUCACCCAUUUUUACCCGAGGCAAUUUUUUUUUGAGGCAAAAUGUAGACGAGGGUAAAAAUGGACAUUUAUGCCCUUGUUGUACACUCUGCUUUUCACUUCGAUUGCGAGGAAAAUAUACAAAAAAUCAAAUAUUUAAGGUUAUUUUAACGUAUUUAUUCAAGACUAAAGAAAAUAGUUCUUGGGCCGGUUGGAGGCGCGGGGCACGCCGAUCGGGAGAGCGCCGGUCGGGGGCGCGCCGGCAGGGCUGGCAGUUUGUAUGGCAGAAUUUGGACUUUAUUGCUAAGUCAAUAAGGGUCGUAAUAGAUGAUUUUACUUUAUGCUCUAGAGCAUAAAAUGCGAUUUUAUGUCGUCUACGCACGACAUAAAGGUGCACUUUUUGAGCAUGAGAAGUGAAAAUAAUUAAUCAAAUUUCAAAUUUGCAAUUGGGUAAACUUUCUUCGGCUUAAAAUAAAUUAUUUCACACUGUGCACGAAAUAAAAUACCAGAUAAUUAUUAGAAAAACAUAGAUAGCAGUUAUUUUUAACUACAAUUUCUAUUUAAUAAAUCGGAUUGAAAUAAAAAAGUAAGCGAGUUGACCGUGACGUCACUAUACACGUUUUCAUAUAAAUUCCAUAUUAGCAAAUCGUUUUGACAGUUUUAAAAAAGAAGCUGAUUACACUAGUAGGCAAGUAGCCAAUUGCCCACAUUAGUAGGAGAUAAACUAAUAUUUCUAAUAAUCCGACUCAAUGCCAAGUCCGAGACACUGAAUAUAAUGAAUCAAAGAUACCUACUUACUUAAUAUUUUUUACUAAAACGGGACUUAAUAAGUAACUACAAUUUACGCAACUAAGUCCCGUUUUAGUAAAUAAUAAUGAGUAAAAAUCGUGAAAAUUUAAAUUGGUGCAAUGAUACUUACCUGAUCUGAUUUUGAUGUUCAAAUCUAAAUAUGCAUAAUUCGUACGUACUGAGGAUUUCGUUUCAAUCUAAGGAAAUAAAUAGGGUUUACUCUAAAGGAAUAUUUAUAAUUUCCACCCUAUCCUUAUGUUGUAAAACCUACCUACCUAUAUUUAUUAACCCUUAAAUGAGCUAACCCAGAACUAAUUUUUGGCCGGAAUUCCUUGAAGUGCCCCCUGGGGGGGCACAUUUUACGGGGGUAAGGGAAUAUAAUUUAAGGUUUUUUAAUGGAUUAUUACUGGAUUUUAGUUGCACCUAUCGCAGGAAGAGGCAGCAUUCGUUAGAUUUAAUUACUGUUUUUAGGAAUUAAAUUUUGAGACAAUUUACUUAAUGGUCCCAAAGUAAAUAGAUUUAUAAUAUAAAUUUUACUAUUAUAAAAAAAAUAUUUCGCUUCGGGCAUAACUCUUGUAAAAUAUAUAGGUAAUGUAAUUUAGUUUUAAGCUGCAUUUUAUUUUGCUAUUUUUGAUCUAUUAAAAUGAAUAUUGUAACAAAGUACAUAUGAAAGUAGAUAUGUAUGUAUGUAUUUAGUUGUGAUUAGUUGUUUAAAGUCUGUAUAAUAUUUGACUUUAAUUUAUUGUAAGGACGACGUAAGAAUUGUACUUGUAUAAUGUUUCUUUAAAUAUGUAGGUAUUUUAUGGAAUUGAGUCUGACUACUGAAUGUUAAAUAUAUAAAUAGGCAUUACGACAUUUACGACCAAUGCCAAAAGUAGGUAUUUCAUUAAUUUCAUGAUUAUUUAAGUGCCUUUUUCAUAAGUCAUAAUGUCAUUAGUAGAAUGUUUUUGAGAACUGCUAUGAUUGCCGACUAAACUUACUAUAGUAUUUUUCAAACUGGAAGGGUCCGAUGAUAGAUGUCAAUUCAAUACAAUUUUGCGACAUUUGGCAUUUUUAGGUUAUAAAUUGUAUGGAGGUGACAUCUAUCAUCGUACCUUUCCAGUUUGAAAAAUACUGUAACUUAAUUACCUAUUUUAAGACUUGGCGUGAAUGAUAUGCUGAAAUGGUAAUUUGAAAUAAAUGUCUGUGAUAUGUUGGAA